AGCUGGUUCUGAUACAGUUUCAUAGUCACCUACCCAAACCUUACUCAGAUUUUGAAACGUCAACUUCUAUAGAAAAUUUCUAGUGAUUAAACUACUUUUUCAUUACGUCAUUAUCAACCGAUAGUGCAAUAGAACAAGGAUAUUUCCAAUUACACAGAAACAAAAAUGAAGUGGUUUGAGGGUAGCAUCAAUGAAGCAGUUGCAACAUCAAAAUCUAGAAGAGCAAUUUUUGUCGUUUUUGUUGAAGGGAAAGAUGACACAUCUACCCAAGUUGCUGAAGCAAUCAAUGCCACAGAAGUAUCGCACCGGUUGGAACAAGAAGAUUUUGUAGCAAUUAGAUUGGAAAGUGGAUCUGAAUCUUAUGUGUUUUUUGUUCAAAUUUAUCAAAUGGUACCUGUUCCAUCUUUAUUCUUUAUCGGUGAGAAUGGUAUGCCACUGGAAAUUGUUGCUGGCAAUACAACAUCGGCUGACCUAUUGGCUAAGAUUGAUUUAGUAUUAUCCAAAGCAGGGAAGAAUAAAAAUACUUCCACUAAUUUGAUAAAUGCUGAACAAAAAGCAGCUGCUACCAGUAAUGCCACUAACAGUGGAAGCGUUAAUAUAGAAGGAGCUAAGACAACAAAAUCAAACACAGAAACAUCUGUACCACAGACAAAAUCAGAAAAUGUCAGUAAUGUAAUUCCAAAUGAUACUAAAGAACAGCCCUCCACAAGUUUGAAAGCCACAGAAACCCCAAAAACAGUGAACGAUAAAAAGGAAGAGCAAGCCAAAGAAUUAUCAACAGAAGACAAAUUAGAAAGAGCAAGAAAAAUGAUAGAAUUGCAACAAAGGCAACGCAUAGAAGAGGAAGAAAGAAAAGAGAAGGAGAGAGAACUAGAGCGUCGGAAGAUGAGACGCGACAUGCAAGGAAUUAAACAGAAACAACAGGAGUUAACAGACCGAGAAAAGAUCCGACAACAGAUAGCUCAGGAUAAAUUAGAAAGGAAGCAAAAGGAGCUAGCUUUACAGCAAAUGCAGCCACAACCUUCACAGGAACUACCUAAAUCAUACAUACCCACGGCACACGAUGCAACUGUAACCAGAAUACAAUUUCGAUUACCAUCUGGCAAUCCUCACAUGGGACAGUUCGAUCCAACGUGUACUUUACGUAAUUUGCGUACAUACGUUGUUGAGAACAUCUCGUUACCUUUUCGUCAAUUUGCAAUGUCUACCUCUUUCCCUAGAAGAGAGUUAACUAGCGAAGACGACGACAAAACUCUCUUAGAUUUGGAACUGGUUCCAACAGCCGUUAUUUUAAUUCUGCCUUUGAAAAACUCGAAUACCACGACAACCGUAACCUCGACACAAGAUGUUAGCCUUAUGCCACGAUUCGUGUGGUCCAUUUUCGCAGUUGUUACGCACAUGUACUCUUAUUUGGUGAGUUAUUUCACAGGUAGAAAUUCACAGGAACAACAGAGUAGCUCUACCGACAACAAGGAUUCAAGUAACGCAAGUGGAACGGUCUCAUCGAAUGUUCAAAAUGUUGCUACUUCAUCAGGUUUGGUCCGGAGAUAUACGAGUAACCGAGAAGGUACCACCAUCAAAACCGAAGGGAAUAUACACAGAUUACAUUCAGGUGGGGACGAUAACGAUGAGAACAAUACAUGGAACGGUAAUUCAACGCAACAAAUGUGAAUUAUCAUUAGAUCGAUAAAACUUCAACUGGCUCUGCUGUUUCAUUGAUCAAACUUAUGAAUAUAUGCGAUAUAUUUUGUUAAACUUUUAUACCUUUCCGUUCUAUUGCACUGCAAUUGGAUAUCGCGUGUUCCCUGCUACGAACACGACGAUCUGUUACUCUAAUCGAAGUUAUUGUAUAUUUUUGAGUGGUAAUAAGGAUUGUCUUAAGAAUAAUACAACCACAUUGUAUCUUAAUUUUAUAGUCGAAGACAAAAUAUUGUAUUAAGCAGAUGGCCUUUUAUUCUGUUAAUAUAUACAUAUAUAUAUAAAA